CCGGCUCCGCGCCGCCGCGCCUGCUGCAUGCUCGGUGCCGCCUGAGCCGGAGCCGGAGGUGGAAGAUGGCGGAGCCGGCGCCGGACUGCAGCGCCCUGCUCGACGAAGAUCUCUCCUCCUUCGUCUUCAACUACCUCGCUGACAGCCAGUACGAGGUGUCUGGCGAGGAGCACCUCUACUCUGAUUUCCCCGAGAUUGAUUUGUCCCAGUUGGAUGCCAGCGACUUUGACUCUGCCAGCUGCUUCAGCGAGCUGCAGUGGUGCGCGGAGCACUCCGAGACCGAGUCCAGCCAGUACAGCACGGACGACUCCGAGCUCUUCCAGAUAAUAGACAGCGAGAAUGAAGCGCUGCUGGCAGCCCUCACCGAGACUUUGGAUGAUAUACAGGGAGAUGACAUGGGCCUGGCUGCCUUCCGCACUAUGGAAGAGGGGGACACGCUCAACCAUGCCUACACCUCGCCUGCCCCCUCCCCCAAACCCGCUGCCCCGGUCACGGGGGGGCCGUCCCAGGCCCCCGAGUUUGAUGAGCUGUCUCUACUGAAGAAGUUGCUUCUCUCUCCAUCACACGUGCCUCCGAGCUGCGAGGCUCAGAGAGAUGGGAGUGCCCGGCGCCCGGGGACCCCUAAGUCCAGACCCACACGGCCUUGCACAAAGGCAGAGGGUCCCCGGGACAGGAAGGCAAACUUCCAGCAGGCGCAGAGCCGGAGCUGCACGGAGCUGCACAGACACCUCACCUCCACGGCUCCCUGCCCGCAGACCAAAGCCCCCCGCGCCCGUGAGGAGUAUCAAAGCAGCCACCACCACCCACCCCUGGGUGACUGCGCCCAUCACGAAGAUGACAGUGACUCCAGCGAGGACUCGCUGAGCUCUGGCGACAUCAUGGCGACCCCACCCUCCUCAGAGGACAGCACCGGCAGCCAGUUCUCUUGUGAGAGGGAGAUGCACUCAGUGGUGGAGCUCAUCCGCUACAUGCACACCUACUGCCUGCCGCCGCGCAAGCUGCCCGCUCGUGACCCCGCCGAUGCCAAGCCCCAGCCCUGCAGCAGCCCCUUCAAGAGAGCCAAGCCGGACGGCGCUUCGCCGACGUGCCCCCCUUGCAGCGCCGAGAGCCGGACGGGCUGCGCCUGGCAGGCGGCCGGCGGCUGCAAGAAGCCCAGGGCUUCAUUCUCCAUCCUGAAGGAGCUCCUGGCUCGGGACCUUCUGUGCGACGUGAGCAAGCCAUACCGUUUGAGCAAACCCGUGUAUGCCUCCCUGACCAGGCCUCCUGGUGCCAGGUCCCCAGGGGCGCCGGCCCAGGAUGGGGAGGAUGCCGGCGGGACCUGCAGAUCCAGAGCCAAAACGCUGCUGGAGAAGGCUGAGCUGUGGCAAAGCCCCAAGGCCGAGGCGGCAGCCCUGCGGGAGCCUGGCGGCCUCGAGGACGACACCGGGAAGCGCGCGGGUGCCGCUGGCCAGCCGGCUGCGGGGAAGGCAGCCCGCAGGCAGGAGAGCGCCGUGUACGCCGUCCGCCGCUCCAAGAGACUCAACCCAGAGCUGGGCCACUGGCUCUCAUUCCUUGACGAGCCGCCCCCCGAGCCGCCCACCCCCGGCGAGCCGGCUGGGAGCCGUGGCCCCUGGGAGGCCGCUGAGGAGCCGGCGCCGUGCCCAGCGCUGGAGAGCUUUUCAGCCGAAGAGCCGGCGGCGGAGGUGGAGGUCGGGGGCACGGAGGAGGGGGACAGCGGGAGUGCCACGCAGGCGGCUGAGCCCCAGCCGCUGCCCCUGGGCGAUGGCGAGGGAGCCGAGAGCCGCCGCUGCGCCCUCCCGGAGCGAGCAGAAACGCCCCGCUGUCUCACCCUGUCCUUGGCGCAAACGGACCCAACCUUUGGGAAGAGAAACUUUGAGCCAAUGCUGACUGUGGAGCUGUGCGGGACAGCAGGUCUCACACCACCCACCACUCCACCAUACAAACCAGCCGAGGAGGACCUGUACAAGCCAGACAUCACCCAGGAGGCAGGGAAGGAGGAUACCACCACCACCAGCCACGAGGUCACACCAGAUGUAGCAGCUCCCCGGAAACCCCUGAAGAAGCACCUCGAGAGGACAGAGCUCUUUGCCCACCUGAGCCAAGCCGCCGCACGCCCGGCUCUCCCCGAGCAGCCAGGAGUGCUGAAACGGCCCUUCUCGCGCUCCUUUGGGGACCAUGACUACUGCCAGGUCAUGAAGCCUGAGGCUGCUCUCCAGAGGAAGGUGCUCAAGUCCUGGGAGCCCCCAAGCCAGGUGGAGACCGAACACAAGAGGAGGGUGCCAGAUGCACAUUACCAGGGGCUGGACCUCAGUGGCAAGGAGGCGAGCAGCGAGAUCUUGUGGAAAGAUGGCAUCAAACAGCUGAGAGAUCAGGAGAUCAGAGCCAGCUUAACCAAGCACUUUGGCUUUCUGGACAGUGCUCUCAAUGAUGAGGACAUGGCCUUCUGCAAGACACCUGAGUAUGACACUGUCUUUGAUGACAGCUGCAGUGAGAGUGGCUCUCCAGUGGAGGAGGAGGAAGAGGAAGAGGAUGAGGAAGAAGAACACUGCGAUAGUCCACUGGACACCAAGCUCUGCCUACGGAGAAACCCCCUGUCCAGGACCAGUUUGCACUACUGUUCUCGGAGCAGAUCCAGCUCAGGGUCUUCGUGCUGCCGGUCCCGAUCUCCAGCAAGCAGACGCACCUUCAGAUGUGAAAACAGUGAGCAGUGUCAAGGUGGCAACGUGAACCGGGGCCAGAUGGAGAAGAGAAGAGAAAAGGCCAUUGGGGAAGGCCGGGUGGUGUAUAUCAGAAACCUCUCCAGCAACAUGAGCUCCAGCGAACUGAAGAAGCGCUUUGAAGUGUUUGGGGAAAUCGUGGAGUGUCAGGUCCUGUCCAGGACUAAAAGGGGGGAUAAAUAUGGCUUCAUCACCUACCGGUAUUCAGAGCAUGCCGCCUUAUCUCUGAAGAAUGGCCCCUCACUAAGGAAGAGGAAUGAGCCUUCAUUCCAGCUCAGCUCGGGUGGCUUCGGGCACUUCUUCUGGACCAGAUACGCUGAUUUGGAUUGCAGCGCGGAAGAGUCCUCCCCAGCUCCAGUGAAAAGCAAGUACGAGACCAUGGAUUUUGACAGCUUGCUGCAGGAGGCCCAGCUAAGCCUGCAUCGGUAACAGCCUUAACCUUGGAGGAAUACCUCAAUACCUCAGUCAAGGCACUUCCAAUAUGUUUACGUUUUCAAAGAAAUUAUUCAGUCUAUGACAAGCGAGAGAGAGCGAGAGAGAGCGAGAGAGAGCACGCACGCGCGAGAGAGAGACUGCUGUCCCUUUCAAUCGAUGUUUACAUUGAACAAAGCUGCUUCUGUCUGUGAGUCCCCAUGGUGUUGAUGUCUCACUGCCACACAUUAGUCUCCCUGCUUCUGACUGGUUGUUUUAGGGUGAGCCUAGGAGCCCUCCGUCCCCUCUCCCCGCCUCCUGCCCCGUCUCCCCCGCCCCGUGCUCCCGUCGUGGAGUUGCAGCUGUGUUCACCAUAACAUUUUUGUCCGUAGUGUGUGAUGAUGAAAUUGUUAAUUGUGAAUAGAAUCAGGAUUAUAAACUAAUUUUUAAUAGAAGAAAAAAAAAGUAUAUACUUAAAAAAUGUAUUUAUGGCUCAGAUGUACUGUAAUUCAGAUUUAUUGUACCGCUUCCUUGAUUUUUAACUAUGCACUGUAAUGAGACACUUGCCACUGAGCAAAUGGGGGGUCAGAGCAGAAUCACAGGACCGGCAUUUGCCCCUCGGUCGCGGAGGCGCCCGCCUCCCCGCCAGCAAACCGGGCGCUCUGCGGCCAGGUUGGGUCUCCCACUUUGCUGUCAAGCCAUUCUCCUCGCCCACGGGGCUGGAGCCCCCGAGCCCCAGCCCUGCCGGUUGUGGGAACCAGAUGCCGAGCUCAGUCCUGGGGCGCGAGAAGGUUAGGAGGUCGGGAGCAGCGGCCUGGUGCCCUUCAUGCCCUCCAGCAGCGCAGGUUGGUAGGUGUGAAGGGAAGGAGCGGUGAGAGGAUGCAGCAGUAAAACACUACCAAAGUGGGCUCGUGGGCUUGAUGUCCGCAAGCCGUCGCUGCCCCAGCGAGGUGCCUGCCUUUGGGUCAGGAGAGAGAAGCCCGCGGGGAGUCGCCCCUGUGGCCUGAGCCCGUGGCAAGCGUGGUCCUGCCUGGGUGGCCUGGUGGGACGUGCUGAUCUUGCUGCGGGCAGAAGCGCCUCUGCCCGCAGGGUCUGCGCAACUUAACUGGCUUCUCUCCAGUCCCUGAAGUGGCUGGGAAACCAGCUGGGGCAGAGCGGCUCGUGAGCGGCUCGCUUCCACCGCAUGCAGAGGAACCGGGGUGCGAAGAUCCUUCUUUUCCUCUCCGCCUGGCAGCAAGCCCAAAAUCCACAUGCGCAGCAAAGGGGAAGGGGACACGACAGUUACGCUGAACAUCUCUGCCCCUUCCAACACGCUGCCCUUUCUCGGACUGGUAUCUAAAAGCCAUACACUUUCCCAGCACCAGGUUGGCAACCAGAAUCCUUCCCCCUACCCCCAUCAACCCACCCUGGCCCGCUCUCUGCCGUCCUCUCUGUCUCCUCAGCCAAGGCUCAUGUCUAGCAGUGUGAAGGAAGCGUCGCAGCUUCGCAGUGUGUUCGUGGCUCCCGGCUGGCCUGCCUGCUGGCUAGCACUAACCUGCUCUGCCUCUCGCCGGGGGCUGGCAAGGCCACCCGGCAACGCUGGAUUUAAGGCAUGCUAACGCGACAUUCCCAUGAAAUUUGCUUGCAAACUUGCCCUCCAUCUCUGGGAGAGCUGAGAGGGGAGAGACCCCACCACUGGUUGGAGGAAACCCAACCCAGAGCAGACCAGAGACACCGUUUCCCAGAGGGACUAGGAAAUCUUGCUGACUCCUCAAGCCAUCUCCAUAGUUUCCAUUUGCUUUCCAGACGCAGAGACCACUAGGGAUUCAGCCAUCCUAUGUAGAUAGAAUAUUAUAGCCUUAACUCUGCCAAUAGAUAGAUUAGAGUCUUCUGGGGUCUCCCCUAUACAUGACUUAGGGUUUUUAUUUUCAUUUCCUUGGUGGGGAUAUUAUUUCAUCUUACAGGGAGUAUGACCAAAGUCUCCGCAAUUGCAUGAGAUUCAAUUCCAAGAACCUAAAUCCUGCUGAUGUGGUCCUUUGCUCUGUGGACUUAUUUGCACCACUUACAGCAUAAGCUAAUCUUUAGCAGGAGAAAGAAUACCAGAAGCAAUGAUACCAGCACAAUUAUCUGGUUAUUUCUCCCUUCUUUUGUGGAACCCAUGGUUCUGAAAACAACCAGCUAGGUGGUGUAAUGUCCCACGGGCUUCUUGGUGAUUUGAACUGCAGUUCCCAAAUCUUAUCACCAGUGAUAAUCACUGUCAGGGAAUAGUCCUUGUGCCAUUUCAGUCUCAGCUCAGAGUAGCAGCAAGGUUCGACAUCUCUCCUGUAAAACAGCCACAGGCUCUCCCCCACUUCUCAUCCCAACUUAGCAUACACGAGUAACUCUGGCCGAGACUGAGCAUCUGCUGUUGGCAAUUGCCUCAUUGUAGCUUUGCCUUUUUCUGUCCUAGUAUUUCCUCACAACGAUGAUGUUUACAUGUGAUUGCUAUAGAGCUUAUGUAGAAUGUAUAUAGCGACACAUUUAGGGUGGGUAGUACUGUCCUGUGCUGUGCUGAUGUUUUUCAGAAAACAAUCAAUCAAAAAAAAAAAAGCUAAGUGGAAUUCUUCCAUCUCCUUGCUCAGUCCAAGGCCGGAUCACAGCCCACAGAGCCGGGCUUGGUCCCAGAUGGAGAAUGCAUCAAACAUGACGGACGUGGAAGGGUUGAAUGCAGCAGCUGGGGGAGGCCUUUCCAGGGCCUGGAAGGAGCCUCCUCCUGUGUGAAUCACUCAGUCGCUUCACAAGCAUUGGUUUCCGUAUACCCAGAUUUAAAAUUUCACACAGUUUUGCCGAGGCUGGACUUCCCAUGUCAGCCAGCAGCCAAUGACCCUUGCAGAACUUCUGCGCAUCGAGUAAGGGUCUCUUGAGGAGAAAGGAAGGUCUCGUAAUGCACAGAGCCCAUCAGUACUGCAGUCCUAGGAUAGGAAGAGAUGCAAUAAGUGGUCUUCGUGUUGCCUGAAGCCUAUAAAUGGGGGGGGGGGGGUUCUUUUUUUUUUUUUUAAUUUGGAUGGCUUAUUUUCCCUCCUUCUUUGAGAAAUUUCUCCUGGACUUCUGCUAUAUGCACAGAGGUGUAGGAAAUGCACUCACGUCUGCGGCAGGAGCUGGGUGGCGAUGCACCCCUCUGCUGCGGCUCGUGGCUCUGCCGCCGCGGCCACGACUUGUCCUUGCUGAAUGUAAAAGCAGAGGGGCCGAGGCCUGCAGUCCCCACUGGUCAGCUCCGAGGGCUGCCCGCAUGAGUGUGGAGGAUGUUCAACUUGAGAAGCACAGGCGUGAAUAUCUGCUAGGUUUAGAAUCACUCACGCAAGGUUUACGGUGAAAAGUAACUUUCCACUUUUAUAUUUUUUUUUUAAUAUAAAGGUUUCUUUAGCUCACAGUACUCUAGUCUGCAAAGGGGUGAGGAAGGAGGGUUUUGGCACAAGGUGCAGAUGGGAGUUUCCUCCAUUAACGGACUAUGAUCUUGUUUUGGAUCCUACAGAGGACACGGGGCAGGCACAUGACUCCCACUGCACAGCGAUGCCCCAGGCACUGCUCAGGGAGAGGAGACCCAUGGUGCCGGGGCGGACAAAGGCACACAGCACUUUGCGGGAACCCCGUCCUCGUCCGCCGGGGCCAGGGAGGGUGCUCACGGCGAGCACAGCCGCCAGAGUAGCUUUAAGCACCGCUGAGCCCGGCUCCAGCCGCAGAGGGGGAGCCCAGCGGCUCCGUCUCCCACACCCCCAGGGGGCACGUGCUGAGGCCGCCGCAGCUCGCUGCAUCUGUGGCGCCGGCGGCCCUGGACGGGGCUCUCCUGGCCUUCAAUGGGGCACAGCCCACACCUGCAAGGCCGGGGGGACGCUGCAAGGAGAAGAGGUCUCUCUCAGAGACAAGAUGGGCACAAAAGGGUAAAUUACGGUAGGCAAUAAGUAAGGAGGAGAUUUAUUUUUUUAAAAAUACCUAACUAUAGAAUGUCCCCUAGUAGUUUCCUUGAAGUACUGUGGGGAAAUGCUAAAUGUGAAGAAUUUAGUGGUAAAAUGCCCAUUCACUUUUUUGCACAAAUUUGCCCCAUGAAAUCUCAUUGUUUCAGGGUGGGAUACACUUUUUUGGCUUGGAAUCCAGUGGAUUCUUGGGACUUCUUUGGAAAGGAGCAAAUGUUUCUGAGUGUCUGGGCUGAAUGCAGAGGACAAUCCAGGGUUUUAAGUUUGAUAUUGCCCCAAAGAAAAGGUUUAUCCCGAUUCCUACCCAGCACAGCUUGCUGAGUUGUUUGUCUUCCUUACAGAAGCAGCGGCUCAGUCACUAGGUUACAGUUUGAGCAGCUGGUUUCAGCACUGGUACAUGCAAAAGAGCAUUACAGACCAGCACUUUUGUUCUUUUUUUUUUUUUUUGGCACUCUUUUUUUUCUUUUUGGAAGUAUGCUGACUACUGAAACACAUCAUUAUUCGUACCUGAGCCUUGAAGCCCUUUCUGUUCUAAGCAGCUUAGUCCCGCCCUGACAAUCUCAAGCAAUAUAGAACCAAAUAAAGCCUUCUGCUUUCCAUUCCUCUUCCUUCAUCAGUUCUGGAAUCAGGUAGUAGCUUAGGGAGUCUGGUUGUAAUGCGCCAGGUGGCACUGAACGGGGCAUUAUUUAUCAGCGAGCCAAACUGAGUUAAAUACUAAGGGGGGAAGGGAGUGUGUGUAUGCAUGUGAGAAAGAGAGAAAGAUUAAAUUGAUGCAUUUCUUGAGAAAGGUGUAAGAAUUUCACCUAAAAGGGGCACAUCUGCUUUGUUAUUUAUAAUAAAAGCUAAAUUCUUCUUCUUUUUUUUUUUUUUUUUGGAUAAAAGGACACUGCUAUUAGGGGCCAAUUCUGCCUCCCUUCCUCAUGCUGAGUAAGUACUACUUACCUCUGUGAUUUUCUAUUUGCAGAGUAAGUAAAACUAACAGAAUUGAUCCCUCUGUGAUUAAGAAUCAAGGUUUUAGUCUGAUUUUUUUUUAAUUGGUAGCGGUUUUUUAUAUUUCACUUAUUUUUUUUCCCCCAGUUACGUUCCGUUGUGUCCUUAUUUAUGUAAUAUACUUUAACCUUAAAAGACGGCAUGAAUUCUUAUGCCUUUCCUUUAUUAUUAUUGUUAUUAUUUUUAAAAAGAGAUUUAUUUCUAGUGUGAUUUAACUGUCUACCUUCUAAAACAAGAGAACGUUUUCUUGUAUUUUUACAUUGUCAGAUUCUAUAGUUUCAUAGAUAAUUUAACCAAAUCGCUCAAUGUAUUAUCUAUAUCUAUCCAGUGGGUAUAAAAGUUCUAUUUUAAAUUGUGUAAAUACUUCAGAACUGGCUUCUUUUUUCGGACUCCCCCUGCCGUGGAGUUACUUGUUUACAUCACAAAGACUGUAGAAUCUCUACGCUCAUGUACUGUAAAUAGUGAAGUGAUCUGCCUAUAAAUAAACUAUAACAUAUAUACUAUAAA